AUGUCAUAUCCUUUGUAUUUUCCUAAAGGUGAACAAAGUUUUGUGCGCGAUAGUCUACCUAAACGCAAAGGUAAACGUACUGCUUCAACUGUUUGUGACGAUGGUUGUAAUGCAGAAAGCAGUAAUCAACCUACGAUUUUCUUCUCUGAUGAUGACGGCGAGGACGGCAAUAUCAACACUUCGACCGCAAAGUUCCUUUCAAGAGGCGAUUUCUAUCAUUUUGUGCUUUAUCGCCGUGGCGAUGUUAAUACUCAUCGUUUUCUUGGUAGU